AUGCUUAAGGGGACAGCAUCUAUUGAGGAGUUAGAAUCGAGGCUUCCUCCAGAAACAUUGAAGGUAUAUCGCGAAGCUUUCAGUGUCUAUGAUAUAAACGGUGAUGGAGUUAUCGAAACUCAUGAGUUGGUUCAAGUGAUGAAGAAUAUUGGUGCUUCCAUGACAGAGAACGAUCUACAUAAUCUCCUUCAAGAAGCUGGAGUUGGUGAUAAUGUGGAUUUUCAUGCCUUUUUGCAAAUCAUGUUCUCUACAUCUGGUGAUGCAACCGAUGAUAUUGAGCAAAGCAUUAGAGCCUCAUUCAGAGUUUUGGAUGCCGACGGUGAUGGCUUAAUAGGAAUUGAAGAGUUAAAACUCAUGCUUCAAAAACUAGGAGAAGAAAUAAGCGACGCUCAAUUGGAACAAGUGAUAUCAAUGGCAGAUAAGGAUAAGGACGGAAAGAUCAAUAUUGAUGACUUUAUCAGGAUUAUGAAGUAA